CACACUUCACAAGUUGGGCCAAAAGCUUCCCAAACUGAUAUAUGGGCUGUUUUCCCCAGAAAUUACGUGCCCAGUUCCCCUCUUCACUCUCACCCUGCCUAGAUCUCCUCUGUUUAGUACUCACAUUUAUAUAAACCCUAAAAUCCCAAUCUUGGCAAUUCUCCCAAACCCACCCAGCAACUCACCAAAUCAAUCUCUCUCUCUUCUGGGUCACCAAGAUUUUGAAUCUUUCUCACAAAGAUUCAAUCUUUUUUCACAAUGGGCAAGGGAGGAGCUCUGAGCAAGAGUGUGUUGAAGAGCAUCAUUUUGUCAUACACAUAUGUGUCUAUAUGGAUCUUUCUCAGCUUCUCUGUGAUUGUUUACAACAAAUACAUCCUGGAUCGAAAGCUCUACAAUUGGCCUCACCCCAUUUCUCUAACUAUGAUUCACAUGGGCUUUUGCUCAAUUCUUGCUUAUUUGAUUAUUAAAGUGUUCAAAUUGGUUGAGCCAGUGACUAUGUCUAGAGAUCUUUACUUAAGAUCUGUUGUGCCUAUUGGUUUGCUUUACUCUCUUAGUCUUUGGCUUUCGAAUUCUGCUUAUAUAUAUUUGUCGGUGUCGUUUAUCCAAAUGUUGAAAGCUUUAAUGCCUGUCGCUGUUUAUUCAAUUGGUGUUAUGAUGAAAAAGGAAACUUUUAGAUCUAAUACUAUGUUUAACAUGGUUAGUAUUUCCUUUGGGGUUGCGAUUGCGGCGUAUGGGGAAGCAAAGUUUGAUACUUUUGGGGUGGUUUUGCAAUUGGGGGCUGUUGUUGUUGAGGCUACUAGGUUGGUUAUGAUUCAGAUUCUGUUGGCUGCUAAAGGGAUUAAAUUGAACCCCAUUACUUCGCUUUAUUAUGUUUCACCAUGUUGUUUUGUGUUUCUGUCAGUGCCUUGGUUGAUUGUUGAGUUCCCAGUGUUGAGGGAGACUUCGAGUUUCCAUUUUGAUUAUUGGAUUUUUGGGACUAAUUCUAUUUGUGCAUUUGCUUUGAAUCUUGCUGUGUUUUUGCUUGUUGGGAAGACUUCUGCAUUGACUAUGAAUGUUGGUGGGGUAGUUAAGGAUUGGUUGUUGAUUGCUUUUUCGUGGUCGGUGAUUAAGGAUCAAGUGACUCCGAUUAAUUUGGUCGGAUAUGGGGUGGCUUUCUUGGGUGUUGCAUAUUACAAUCACCUGAAAUUGCAAGCAAUGAAGGAAAAUGAAGCUCAGAAGAAGGCACGGGAGGCUGAUGAAGAAGGUGGAAAGUUGUUGGAAGAGAAAUCGGAAGAAGUUGGGCAGAAGAAGAACGAGGCGGAAGACUGAUUUUUGAGAAAAUUGGUUCUUCUGUGAGUUCCCAAGUCUGCAGUUAUGUUUCUAAUUAGAAUUUAAUUUGUUUUUUAAGUAUGUAAUUUAUAAGAGUUCCGUUAUGUCUUCAACAUGUUUAGUAUGCUAUGUUACUGUGAUGUUAUCUGAUAUUAAUCUGUAGAAUCACAGGGCCAAUUGGUCUAAUUAUGUAGCAAGAAAGACUUUCAGGCUUAUAUAUAGCUAGCUUAUAUGUGUCA